AUCUUGAAAUCACAGUAUGUAUAGAUAUUAGACUAGGCCAAAAAAAUCGACUAUUUUCACUCCUUCGAAAGUUAUUCAGGUUAUUUAAGUCGUUUUGACUCAACUUCAACCUUAUCUUCUAGUAUAAAAAAAGUUUGUCUAUUCAAUUCUUCUUUAGGCACAUAAAGGAUCAAUUAAAAAAUUAUGCGCGUCAUAUAAAUCACGUCACAUAUUUUCUAUAGCAGACGACAGGUGUGUAAAAGCAUGGAGAAUUUUUCCUGAUAUUAUUGAACCCUUAGCAUUAAAUUACUGUAUUUAUUUAACUACUCCAGUAAUUAAUAUCGCAUCCGUAGGGUGAGUGUCGGAAAAAUUAAAUUACAUAAUUGAUAAACUUUUAAUUAAUUUACAUAAAAGAUUUUCAGUUUGUGUAAUUAUUAGUAGCAGUGCGAGGCAUCAACUUUUAAUGUAUGAUAUAAAAAAUAAAAGUAAUUAAUUUGAGGUUCUAAUAGUUAAUAUGAGGUAAUAUUUUGUAAAAAUAAAUAAUUUUUUUAGAUAAGUAUCAACAUAAUCAAUCAAAAGAUCACGAUAAGCAGAUUCUUGAUAUUUCUACACUUGAAUCUUUACUAAUUUGCGUGACAUCUUCGGAAGAUUUCACUUUACGCGUAUGGAAUCAACAGAACGAUCUUCUGAAAAUAAUUGAAAUAAAUUUAAGUGCAAGACAACUUACAUUUUCUUCAUUAAAAGGAGACAUUAUUUUUAGUUGCGGCAAACAUUUGUAUCUUCUGCCUUAUGAAAAUUAUUUACCAGAGCGGUAUAAAAUUGAAAUCGAAAUGAAAAAUAUUUGUGAAGAAAAAGAGGAAGGUUUAAUAGCAAGAGAUAAAGAUGAUGAUGAGUACAUUGAAUACGAAGAGGAUGAAAUUAAAAGCAGAGCUUUGCAUCCGGUUAGCAGUGUGCCUUUAUGUUCUUUGGACCCUUCAUCAGACAUUCCACGUCUUGGGACAUUUUUAAAACAACAAGAACUUAUGCAUUUUAAAUCACGUGACCGGGACAUAAAGGCAAUCGAGCAAGGCACUGCUGAGCUUUCUGAAAGACGUAAGAAAAUGAAAAAGAAAAAAGCUCUCAUUAAUUACGACGAGUGGAGCAAAUAUGUUGAUGAUCUAGCUAAAGAUAUUGACAGUAAAAAUAAAAAUAAAAACAAUUUUUCGUAUGAUUUUUUUCAACAAAGGCGUAGAGUUUUAGAAAAAUCUUCAAACGCUUCGGAUUUAAUGGAAUUUAAUUACGAAUGGUUUAAAAAAACUAUUCCUAAUUCUCUGGUAUCAGAAAAAUUAAAGGAAGAUAACAAAGAACCUGAACCUCCAACAGAAAAAAAGACACAUAAAUAUAAAUAUCCAGAGGUUUGUUAUAAAAUAUAUUCGAGGUGAAUAGUUCGAACUUACAAAUUAUUUGUAUCGAAUCGAAUCGAAUCGAACUAUUCUAUUCAAACUUAAAAUCGAAUAAUUCAAACCCAGGUAGCACACUUGCCUUUGUGACAUCUAUAAGAUGUCAGUUUUCAGGCAACUUUCUGACUUGUCGAUAAGGCAUCAAUAUGUUGACAAACGAUCAGAAAUUUAUGUCACCGAAAAAAUACCUACUUAAAAGA